AUGGAGGCAGAGCAUAUCGGACUCGCUACGAUGGCUUCUCUCCUUCGCCUUGUUGGCCUCGCGGCUUCGGUCGCUGUUUCCUCUGCGCUGACUAUCGCUGAAAUCAACGGCAACAAGUUCCUCUCGCCUUACAGUGGACAGACGGUUUCCAAUGUCACUGGUGUUGUGACUGCGAAGGGCCCCGAUGGUAUCUGGAUUCGCUCGACCAAGCCGGAUCGCGAUGCGAGGACCUCGGAAUCCAUCUAUGUCUUCGGUGCGAAGUUUGCUUCUACCAAUAAUCUGACUGUUGGAGAUGCCAUAUCUAUUGGAGGAAAGGUUUCGGAAUACCGAUCCAGCAAGGCUUACGUUUACCUGACUGAGCUGGCGAGCCCGACACUGGAGGAGAAGCUAUCGAGUGGAAACACCGUGAAGGCACUCGUCAUCGGCAAGGAUACGUCGGAUCCCCCGACCCAGCAAUUCAGCAGUCUUGAUGGCGGGUUUGUCUUUGGCGUGCCGAACAACGUUUCCCUAAUCUCGGUCGCAAACCCUGUGCUCGAGCCCAAGGAGUACGGUAUGGAUUUCUGGGAGAGCUUGUCCGGCGAGCUCGUGACAGUGCGGAAGCCCACAGCCGUCAACAAGCCCAAUAACUAUGGAGAUACAUGGGUCAUCGGCGACUGGAAGGUCACUGGACGUAACGGCCGUGAUGGCUUGACUCAGACCGAGAAGGAUGCGAAUCCUGAGACCAUUAUCAUUGGGUCACCCCUUGACGGAACUUCGAAUCCAUCCACUACCAAGCUCGGAGACGACUUGGAAGAGAUCACUGGUAUUGUCACUCAAGCUUUUGGAUUUUACCGUAUCCUUCCAACCACCGCCAUCAAGGUCAAGAAGUCUCAGAAGCCCGCUCUCCCUUCCGCGACCAAGCUGAAGUCUGACGGAAAGUGCAAUGGAAUCACUUUCGGCGCGUACAACGUCGAGAACCUGUCACCCAACAGCAGCCACCUCGGCGCUAUUGCUUCGCACAUCGUCAACUAUCUCAAAUCUCCCGACCUCGUCUUUUUGCAGGAGGUACAGGACGACAACGGCCCCACCAACGACGCCAUCGUUUCCGCAAACCUCACACUCUCAACGCUUGCCGCUGCCAUCGCCAACAGUGGUGGGCCACAAUACGCUUUCACUGACGUCGACCCCGUCGAUGACCAAGACGGUGGUGCCCCAGGCGGCAACAUCCGCACAGCCUACUUCUACAAGCCCUCGCUCAUCCGGCUGUACAAGCCGAAUCCAGGAGGCUCCCUCGAUGCUAACGAGGUCCUUGCCGGCCCUACCCUCAAGUACAACCCUGGUCUUAUCGAUCCCACCAACGAGGCGUGGACUGCGAGCCGCAAGCCGCUCGUUGCGCAAUGGGAGGCCCUGGGUAAGAAGGGCAAGAGCGAGGGCAAGUUCUUCACUGUGAAUGUGCAUUUCGGGUCCAAGGGUGGGAGUAGCAGUAUUCAGGGUGAUGCGAGGCCGCCGGUCAACGGUGGCGUGGAGGAUCGCCAGGCGCAGGCUGAUUUGACUGCGAACUUCGUAAAGAGCAUCUUCGCCAAAGACAAGAACGCUCGCGUCAUCACCGCAGGCGACUUCAACGAAUUCAUCUCCGUUGCCCCGCUCAAGAGCUAUGUCCAGACCUCCGGUCUCAACGACCUCGAUGCCGUGGCGAACAUUAAGCCUGUCGAGCGGUACACCUACCUCUUUGAUAUGCAGGCGCAGCAGCUCGACCACAUGUUCAUCUCCAACUCGUUGAAGAAGCACGCGCAGUACGAGCACAUCCACAUCAACACGUGGGUGGACAAGGCAGCGCAGAUCAGCGACCACGAUCCGAGCGUUGCGAAGUUGGACGUUUGCUCGUAG